AUGGCUGAAAAUGAAAUCGGAUCCCAGUUAUCUCAUCAGCUAUCGCUGGAGGCACUUCCAACUGAGCUUGUUCUGCGAAUCAUAGGCGAGCUGACAGAUCUGGACGCUCUCUUCAAUCUCAUCAGAGCAUCGCCGGUUGCGUCGCGCAUUUUUGAUCACUAUGCCCAUGAAAUAAUGGAUGCUGUACUUCCCAUGUGCCCACUCAAGAUAGAAAUUCAGCACUUGGUCAGGGCCGUGAUAUUGACCCGUUCUUCUGCUCUGCCUGUCAACAAUCUGCAUGAGUUCAAGCUGCUGUUCGAGGAACAGCCUCUAUAUUUGAGUGACGGCUGUCGCUGCCCGCCUCUUACGCUGCCAUCAGACAGUUUGAACGCUGCUAGUUCAGAAUCUAUCCGCUCCGGCUUAGCGACAGCGUGUCGAAUCUCUGCCUUGACAAAUACUUGCUUGGGAUUCAAUCUGGGGCGCCUGCAUGAUAAGAGUAUAUGUAACCCAUACCACUACGGUACUCGCGAGUAUCCUCUACAGAUCUUUCUGGGUGGAAGAAAUGCGAGUCGCAAGGGCCUUAUGGAGAUGCAGCUGGUUGGAGAAGUACAAAAACUGGCGAUACGAGACCCUGAUGGCUUGGGCUGGCCACUAGAGGAUAUCGAAGAAGCCGCGAGAUUUAAGCCAGAAGGGUUUGUAACUAAUCACAACCAUUAUUUCGAUGGCAUGGAGGAAGAAGCAAAGACCGUUUGCGAGUAUUUACAGCAGCUUCGUGGUGAAGAUGAUGAAGAUGGUGAACCUUCACAAAGGUCGCCGAUAGAUUACUACCGACUUCCCCGUCCCCCGGCGAUCAAAGCUCGGACUUGGAUAACUGAGAUGCCAAAGCCAACUAUGAGGAAAACUCAGUUUGGUAACGUUUAUGAUCUUGGUAACAGACUUAUCCCUGCCGAUCCUCCCAUACAAAGCCUGGAGCUGCUCGUCAAAGACCGUCCCCCAGAGCGACUUGGAAUCCAUAAGAGCCCAUUUAGAGGACAAGACCCAAUAGACGCGGACACCACUGGUCUUGGAAUCGACCGUUAUAUAGAUUUUGCGUUUAGAUCCGCAGAGUCACCCUUACCUGAUGUGCCGUUUGACGUUUUCCGCCGGCUUGGUUUUGCGUUAUGGGAUGAUGCGAGGAUGAGGGCGAUGCGUUUUGUGGGGAAAUACGACGGAGGUCGAUUUACGGCGGCGCAAUUCUUUGUGUGGCGGAGCUUGCUUCCUGAGGAGGAGAUUGCGGAAGCAGCGGCGCGAAUCAAGGCUCGACCGUCUUAUGCUGAGUGA